AUGACAUCCGUUUCCCUCCUGCAGAUUUGCUUUCUAUCGGCUUGCUCCAACGCUCUUUUAAUCCAAAACGGGCAUCCGUUAAACAUAAACAAGGCUGCUGUCGUUGCCAGAAAAACGACAAAGACGUCCUCCACCUCCAGCAUCAACAACUCCCGAAGGCCACGCCACCAUCGCCGGAAUCACAGUGCUCCCAGCAGUCCCUACCGACGAAGAUCUUCAUCUUUCAUCUACUGCCCGACCAUCCUACAGAAGACUUCACGUACCUUCGCACAGGCAAAGCUGACCCUCCGGCGCAAGACCAGCAAUACCCGUCGUCCGCCAGGACACAACCCGGCCCUGGAUCAAAUGCUUGCAAUCCACAACAGCCUAGAAGAAGCCAUGCUUAGGCCAGCACCCUUCGCUCCUCCGCCGCCACCCGCAUCUGGCGCCGGAGGGGUUCAUGAGCCGGGUCCGUCUCGAGUGCUGGAAGAGAUGCCAUCCAGACCACCUUCGUCGGCUGACGACCUCUGCGAGACGCGUUCGGCGCGUUCUGCUUCGACGGCGUCGCGGAGUACCAACAGGCUGUCAAUUACCUUGCCCAUCGCACUGCCGACGGCCUUCCCGUCGCGACCAACACCCACCUCGUCGACGAUGCCGUCGUACCCACCUACGCCUCUUGACACCCCGUCAUUGAUGUCGCCAGUUGACCCUAGCGACUUCAUCACGGCCAUUGCCACCCAAGAACGACGUGUUCUUGAGCUGCGGGAGGAACUCACUCGCGCAGAAUCGGAGCUGACCAAGCUGAAGAAGCAAUGGACUACACACGAGGCGCACAAAAAGAGAGCAGAAAUCCGGAACGCCGAACCUCUCCGUCAUGUUGUUGCCCACGUCGAGGGUCAGGAUGACGGCAUGGCCCGUCGGAGUACAGAUUUAGACAGGAGGAAGGCUCUACUGCUGAACCAGCAAAGCCAGCCGGGCACGCCAACUCAAAAUCGGAGGCGGGUCUUCAAAGGAGGGCACACUCGCGCCCUGUCUCUUCUAUCGCCGGCCAAGACGACUGACGGGUUUGCCGUCCACGAAGACCCGCCGGACAUCUUGAAGUCUCCACUGAAAGACUUCGAUUCUCCCUACAUCAACCGCUAUGCUCCGAUUGUCCCUGCGCAGCUACCCAAGCGGGCAUCAUGGGCUCCUCGCUCUGCCCAUCAAGCUACCGGUGUCAAGCAGAUUGCCGAAGACUUCAAGGCCGGGCUGUGGACGUUCAUGGAGGACCUUAGGCAGGCCACCGUUGGCGAAGAACCCAUCACCGGCCAGGGCUCAUAUCUCCGAGGCAUUGAUGCAAACAGCAGAUCUUCGGCCCACAAGGCCGACAGUUGGGACGGAUGCGGUGGAGAUCAGGACACAAUCCGGGCGCCGUGCACGACGCCUCGUCCCCUGGCGUCUUCAAUAUUCGAUGAAACACCAACUCCCGCGUCGCGUUUCGUAGAUCUCCAGAGUUCAGAGCAGGAGGGUUCCGAUGUUGCACCACGGCGCGGUCGGGCUAGCUCUAGGAAGGAAACGACCAAGAGUGGCAAGCACUUCUCGUGGACGCCGUUAACGAUCAAUUCGCUUGACGAUAACGAUUGGUCCAACUGGGACAGCCCGACCGUCAAGUCGCCGCGGUGGAGCGGCACCACUGUCAACGGGGACAUCAUCCCAGCCAUCCCAGAGAAGGAGGACGAGAGCCAGGCAUCAUUGUAUAAGCCAUCCACGAACCGCCGUUCCAGCCUACAUUCCCCGUCCUCGCCGUCUGGCAACAAGCUGGAAGAGCUCCUCCCACCCGUGCUGAACCGCCUGACACCGAGCAACCUGAAAAAGACGGCGUCCGACUUCAUGAAGGAGUGGGAGAAGAGCCUCUCAUCGCCCCCGGAACCUGCCCUCCCAACGGCGUAA